AUGGCAUAUGUGAAAACGCGUUUGACGGCGGUCGGUAUUCGCAGACGACUUGAUCACGAGCAAGGAGGUGAUGUCCGACAUGGGAGUGGAACUGGAGCUGGCCUGCCUGGAGCUCGGGCUGCCGGCGGCCACCUGGCGCGCCUGCGACCGCUGCCCCUGCUACCAUUGACCGACGCUAACUUUCCGCUUUUCAUGUGCAUUUAA